GUAAAAAAACGAAUUCAACGCAGAAUAUAUGCACGCAAUUUGUUUGUCUGUAUGUAACGUUCGGCUGUUGGUAACCUAUCGGAAGUGGCUGUUCUGUUGCUAGUUAGCCGGCGAUUUCGCCAGCCCACCUACGGCUAUCUGUCAACAACACGUGACAUCAGCCCCAUCCCCCUUUUCCCUUGAGUUGUGUGGAAUGGCUGCAGUUUGGCAGCAAGUAUUGGCAGUGGACGCAAGGUACAAUGCUUAUCGCACGCCUACCUUCCCGCAGUUCCGCACGCAGUACAUCCGUCGGCGCAGCCAGUUGCUCAGAGAGAAUGCAAAGUGUGGCUUUGAGCCAGGGCUGCGCAGACAGUACCUGAGGCUGCGCAGCCAGCUGCUGGCCCUGCGCUAUGGGCCCCUCUCUGAGCAGAGCAGCUUCCGAGCCAGCAGCGUGCGCAGCUCCCGCACCACGCUGGACCGCAUGGAGGAUUUUGAGGAGGAUCUGAGGGCCCAGGGGGCACGGGGCCACCGCAGGUCUGUCAGUCGAGGUUCAUACCAGCUACAGGCUCAGAUGAACCGGGCUGUCAUUGAUGAGAGACCCCCAGGCAGCCUGGUGCCCACCUCGGUGGCAGAGGCGAGUCGUGCCAUGGCUGGGGAUACCACACUCAGUGAGAACUACGCAUUUGCUGGCAUGCACCACAUCUUCGAUCAGCACGUGGACUCUGCUGUCCCACGGCUGCAGUUUGCUAACGAUGACAAGCACUUGCUAGCCUGCUGCUCCCUGGAUGGCACUCUGUCCAUCAUGGCACUGUCCCCGGCCCCACCAAGUGUCAAGGUCACCCUUAGGGGCCACGCUGGGCCUGUCACCGACUUUGCUUGGUCUUUGAGCAAUGACAUCAUUGUGUCCACAUCGCUGGAUGGCACGCUGUGCAUCUGGAACACGCAGGACGGACGCUGCAUUCGCGAGGUGGCCGACCCCGAUGCCAGCGAGCUGCUCUGCUGCACCUUCCAGCCCAUGAACAACAAUCUGACUGUGGUGGGGAACAGUAAGCAUAUCCUGCAAGUGGUCAACAUCUCCACUGGGAAGAAAGUGAAGGGAGGUUCUAGCAAGCUCACAGGCCGAGUUCUGUCCUUAUCUUUCGAUGCUCCGGGCAAGAUCCUUUGGGCUGGGGAUGACUGUGGCAGCAUUUUCUCCUUCCUCUUUGACAUGGCUACAGGAAAGCUGACGAAAGCCAAGCGGCUGGUGGUGAACGAGGGGAGUACCAUCUCCAGCAUAUCAGCCCGCUCCUGGAUCAGCAGGGAGGCCCGGGACCCCUCCCUCCUGGUCAAUGCCUGCGUCAACAAGCUGCUGCUGUACAGGGUUGUGGACAAUGAGGGCACACUACAACUGAAGAGGAGUUUCCCUAUCCAGCAUGGCUCUCAGCUUCUGCAUAGCAUUUUCUGCCCACUGAUGUCCUUCAGACAGGGUGCCUGCGUGGUGACUGGCAGUGAAGAUGCUUGUGUGUACUUCUUUGAUGUGGAGCGCAACACCAAAGCCAUCGUCAACAAGCUGCAGGGCCACAGUGGGCCAGUGAUGGACGUGAGCUUUAACUGUGACGAAAGCCUCCUGGCUUCUUCAGAUGCCACUGGCAUGGUUAUCAUUUGGAGGCGGGAGCAGAAGUGACCACACCUACUUCUCAUUUCCAGUCACACAAAACCACCACUUCUCCAUGUUGCAAUUUUUUAUGUUCAAAGCCACAUACAAGUAAAAAAAAAAAAGCUUACCCAUUCCCUAAAGACCACAUGUGUAUAUGGCCGUGACAUAACUAGAUAAAAAAUACUUCAGAUUUUACAUCCUUUACGUAAUAGAAGCUUGUAAGCGGCAAUGUCGAUGCUUAACCCUGUUUUUAUUUUUUAAACCACAGGUUGGUGGGAAAAAUGACAAACUACAGAAAUUGAGUAUUUAACAGUUUAUUGCAAGCAGAAAGCUUAGGAGUCCACUUUGUUCAUUUAGUCUUUGUGGCUUAAAUACUAUGUAACAACUACUAUGUUGAUUUAUGCAACUGUUUUCGGAAAGGUGAGAUAUUUGUGGCAGUACCACUCAAAGCUGGCAGAACAUGUUACAUUCCCAUGGAGCUCUGAAUGAUAAUACUUCAGUAUCAAAUUUACAUCAAGUAUAUUUACUUGUAACAGUUUAAGUCUGCCAGACCUAUAAAGAACCACUUUCCUUAAAUUUGAAUGCAACAAUACAAGAGCAAAACACUGUAUUUCAGCCUUAAGUUAUGCAAUUUAAAAGCUUAUAAAAGCAUGAAUAAAACCAUCCAACAAUGGGCAGGAUCACAGUUUGACAGAUAUUGGUGUUUGCAUGAUUCAGAUGUGUGCAGGGAUGACUAGCUGACUACGGAUAUUUUACAAAUGUUUUGCCAUAGACAAUAGAAAAGGGAUCCUAAACCACACGAUAUAAUUCUAAUUAUUUUCAUUUUCUAACAAGGCAAAGUAAAUAUCACAAUGUAUUCACAUAUUUUACUGUUGUAAUUUGAAGUGAAAACACUGCAAUGCUUUUGAAUCUGACGUGCUUAGCUUUGAAGAGGCAGCUUUAAUAUCUCUGUCCAGUUUAGAGUAACUGUAUGGAAUACACAACUAAAGUGCAAUCAGAUAUAAAUCUAGGAUAUACAGGAAGAAUUUAAGGUGAAAUAUUUUGUUUUUAACAAAGAAACGUUUCAAGAUCCUGAGCUCUACUUAAGAUGCUGACACGAAGGGAUUACCUUUGUGUUUUGUUAGAUCGAAAACCCUGGGCCUUUUGUGGCUCUCAAAGUCUGUAUUUGUCAUUGAGAUGUAGUUUGCCGUUUUUCAUGUAAAUAAUAUUGUUUUGGAACACACUUGUCUGAAGCAGUGCACUACAGUGUGCCUCGUGUUUUGAAUGUGAUUGUGGGAUGUAAAAAAAAUCGAUGGUACCAUUUUGUGUGGAUGUUUCUUUUGAGCGUUGCAGGUUGACAAAUUGCUACUGAUUUAUGAGUGCUUUAUUCAUAAUAAAUGCCAUUACUGGGAGUAAAACAA